AUGUUUCCUUUGAGCUCGCAGAAGAAAUUCUGGACUUUUUCAACUGAACAACAACUUAAUGAAUUACGUUUGCAACAAAAUGUUAAUUACAUUAAGGCACAUGGCGUGGAGAUGGAUCGGGAACAACGUGACUCCCACUUCCUCUCGCCAAGUGAAGAACGUAUUCUACUAAAGCAAUAUGAGCUCUAUUUAAAUGACUUUUGUCGCCGGUUCGAGCCACCUAUGCCCAAAUGUGUUGUUGGCACUGCAUUUCAUUAUUUCAAACGUUUCUAUCUGAACAACACACCAAUGGAUUAUCAUCCAAAGGAGAUACUCGCCACGUGUGUUUAUUUGGCUUGUAAGGUCGAGGAAUUCAAUGUAUCAAUUGGCCAGUUCGUGGGCAAUAUAAAAGGUGAUCGCAAUAAAGCAAUGGAUAUUAUACUCUCAAAUGAGUUGUUAAUGAUGCAACAACUUAAUUACUAUCUAACAGUACACAAUCCAUAUAGGCCAGUUGAAGGUUUCCUCAUAGACAUUAAGACUCGAAGCAAUAUGCCAAAUCCCGAACGCUUGAGACCACAUAUAGAUGAAUUUAUAGAAAAAACAUUCUUUACCGAUGCCUGCCUGCUAUACGCGCCAUCUCAGAUUGCUUUGGCAGCUGUGCUGCAUGCCGCUAGUAAAGAGCAGGAAAAUUUGGAUAGCUAUGUAACAGAGAAUUUAUUUGUAGCGGCGCGGGAUAAAUUGCCAGUUCUGAUUGAAGCUGUGCGCAAAAUACGUUUUAUGGUAAAGACUUACGAGCUGCCGGCGAAGGACAAAGUAAAAAUUAUCGAAAAGAAAUUGGAAAAAUGUCGGAAUCAGGACAAUAAUCCCGACAGUCAAAUGUAAGUAUGUAGCAAUAAUUUGCCUGAAAGUAAACAGAUGGAAAAUGUUGGUUGCAAUAGCUUAAAUGCUUGUAAGAUUAUUGGUGCUUUUCACAAGUAUUAUUUCUUUUAUGUGAGUUGAAAUUUAACUUUCUUAAACCAAUGCUGGCGCGCUUGUUCCAUAAGUUGUGAUGUAGUUUUUUUUUUUAUUUUAGUAAACUUACUUUCAUUACUAUUUCUAAUUAAGCGAGUGAAAACGGGUCGGUUGUGUGUUGUUAUUAAAAA